CGUGACGAUAAUUUAUAAAAUGUGAAUGUUUUGUAAAUAACUUUAAAAUUGGGAAAUAAAAGAGACUUAAGUAGACAAUAAUGAUUUGUGUAGGUUUUGUUUUACAAUGGCUUCUUAUUUAAAGAUAUUGAGGUUUUCAUGGUGGUUUUACAGUUUUACAGAACUUUUGGUGAUGGGGAAUGUAUAUCAGACACUUAUUUGUCUUACAAUGCAAUUUGAUGAUUUCUAAUUCAUCUUGUGUGAAAUGUCUGAAGAGAGAACGUAUUACAUUAGAACUAGUGUUAUGUACACAGACCUGACAAGAGAGUUGUUAUGUAAAGUGUUCAAAUAUUUGAUAAAAAGUGAUGACAUCACAGACUUUCUCUCAUCUCCAGAGCAGCAAAAUAUAUUAAGGGAUCUAUUUCAAAAAAAUGUCAUAAACAGGUAUGACUAUGAUCUGGUUCAUGGUCAAGGUUUAAAUCUAGAGAGAUUCGAUAUUUCACUUUUGCUAAGACUUAUACUAAAUUUGUGUAAAGAUAAUAUAUCAAAACCACAGCGCGGUUGGCAAAAUAAACCACACCCGAAAGACGAAAGUCUUGGUGCUGAUCUUCUUCGAUUGAUAGAUGUCAGAAACAAGAUAAUAGGUCAUCGAGCGGAUGCUAAAUUGUCGAAGGCAGAAUUUGAAAAGACUUGGGCAAAAAUCAGAGGUAUUUUGUUGAGAGUGGUUGAACUUGUUGACUCGACGGCUAGUGAAAACUGUGAACGAAGAAUAAAUGAAUACAGACGACUAAAUGUAGAUACAGAGAAUGCUGCAGUUAAGAGGUUACUGGAUGAGUUGCUUAAAUACAAAAAAGAAUUUGAUUACCUUCAAGAAAAGGUUGAAGAAUUGAGUAGAACAUCAAAGGAGUUUCAGGUUUUUUUCCAAAAAAACCCCGAGAGAUUUGUACGUUUCAUAAAACUUUUGUUCAACGGAGGGCGUAUCGUGUUAUGUGGAAUACUGGAGAAGAAGUUGGGUGACCAAGACCUAUCAAAAUUUCUUGAAAAAAAGAAGGGAACGCUGACAAGAAAUAUUGGAGAGAAAUUUUCCAGUUACCUAUACCCACACGAGUCUUGUUCAGAUUAUAAAAACUGGGAUAUUUUUCUUCUGGCAUCAGUUUUGCUGCUCACGUUUGAUGAUGACCUAAGUCAAAAGGAGAUCAUGUGUAUCGGGCUAAUAAAAAGUGCAAGGGUAAAUUAUGCUUCACUUGCCUUGCAGUCUCUAGAUGCAGAUGCCUUUCUGAUCAGUUGGACUGACCUUAUCAUUUGCCUAAAACAUCUUUCAUUCAACAUUGCUGAAGACGACAGACAACAAGUUGAACAUCUUAUUGAACUUUAUAAGAAAAAAGGCGAAGCAGGAUGUGACGUUGAGGAGUAUUUUAAACAGCUAAGAGAAUCUGGUGUUGAAGUGAAAACUUUAAACGAUGUCUACAACGAAACAAUAACGGAAUUGAGCGAUAUGCUGAACCAGUUGAGCCAAAAAGCUAUCAAGUUUCAACAAGAAUAUGUUUUAAAAUUUAAACUGCUGACAACAUGUGAAAAUGAAGAAAUUAAGAAAAGAGCGGAGGACAUACUCGAGAUCAACACGCAAAUACAAAAAUCAGACCAACCGUCAGGUUCUCAAAGGAAAGAAAUAGACAAAGUACUAGCUUUCAUUGCCACACAUCCUGAUGUACAACUUGUUGAAGCCUCCAUACAAAAUUUAGAUCAACCGUCGAGGAUUUCAACGAUGAAAUAUAAAUAUGAGCUGCCCGAAGAGAUUCGGCAAAUGGAUGAUAGAUCUAUACAAAUCUUUACAAAAGCGUUACAGGAAGGAAAGGUCCCAGUUCGAAACAUUCGAGUUAUGGUAGUGGGUCAUUAUGAAGUUGGGAAAUCAACACUUACAAAACGCCUUUUGGGCAUGCCAGUUGAUAUAACAAUAAGAAAGCCAACAGAAGGUAUAGAUGUACACACAGACAGAUGUAGACGCUUGGAGGAUGGAACAUGGAUGUUGCCCAAAUCAGGUAAAGAACGCUUCAAUGUACUUGGUCAGCUUGCUAAUAUUUUGGAAGAGAAUACAACAGAUGACAACAUUGCUCAAAUGAUGCAAACUGAAGUAACAGAAUCAAUAUAUACCAGAAAUCCUACAGUUGAUCCAAGUCAUGUCAGUGUGCAACAGAAAAAGAAUGAAGAUACAGAAAUAAACUCCUCAGUACGUACAGGUAAAGAACGUUUCAAUGUAGUUGGUCAGCUUGCUAAUAUUUUGGAAGAGAAUACAACAGAUGACGACGUUGCUCAAAUGAUGCAAACUGAAGUAACAGAAUCAAUAUAUACCAGAAAUCCUACAGAUGAUCCAAGUCAUGUCAGUGUGCAACAGAAAAAAGUUGAAGAUACAAAAAUAAACUCCUCAGUACGUACAGAAAUGACAAAUCAGGACUUUACAAAGAAAGAAGGCGAGACAACUAAAGCUAAAGAAAAAAGGAAUGACAAAUUGAAGAUGUUGAUGGAGGAAGUACUACAGAAUGAAGAAAAGGGUGCUGUAAAUGUGUCUAUAUGGGAUUUUGCUGGACAGGAUAUGUUUUAUUCAACCCAUCAGGUUUUUCUUUGCAAACGCGCUGUCUAUUUGCUUAUAACCGAUAUAUCUAAAUAUAUAAAAGAAAACGUAAAAGACCAUUGGAGUGAAGAAGAAAGCACAGAGCGCCAGGUUUCAGAAUACAUUGACUUUUGGCUGAAUUCAAUCCACCAUUAUUGCGGUUACUCUGAGAAAAAUGGACCUCCUGUUGUUUUGGUUUGUACCUUUGCAGACAAGUUACCAAAGGGAAUAUCAAGAGGAAAAGCGAAAGUAACUUUGAAUGGUCAUUUCGAUGAUAAGAUUGCCAGAUGCCACUUGACAGAGGAAACAUUUAUUAUUGACAAUAGUGUUGAAGAUGAGAAUAUAAUAAGACUACGAGAGCAUAUAUUUGAUGCUGCAGCUCGGCAGGAAUACUGGAAAGAAGAUAUUCCAGCGAAAUGGGUGACUUUAGAAAAUGUUAUCAUGAAGCUAAAAGAUGAAAAAAUGAAGUUGAUACGAAAAGAAAAACUUCAAGAAUUGAAUCUGGCAUUACCAACACCACUUGAAGAUGAUGAGCUAGAGUUGUAUCUACGUUUUCACCAUGAAGCAGGAAAUAUUCUAUAUUUUAGUCAGGAAAGCUUGACAAAACAUGUAAUUAUAGAUCCACAAUGGUUGAUUGACGCAUUUAAGAGUAUUACAAUGGCAGGUGAAGAGUGUUCAAAUGAAUGGACAAAAACGGUUGCUGCAAUGUGGAAAGAUUUUGAGAAAUCAGGGAUAUUAAAGCCGGAAUUGAUUGAUGCAAUAUGGACAGAAGAUGACAACAUAAACCAUUUCAAAUCUAAUAAAGCCUUACUACUGGAAUACCUGGAGAUUUUAGGAUUAAUUGCUAAACCACACUUUGAGGAAAGCAACGAAAUUCAGGCUAGAAACCUAUUCUUUGUGCCAAUGAAGCUGACGAAUAGUCCACCAGAAGAAAUAACUUCAACCGUUGAUACAGAAGAUUGCAAGUAUUCCAGUAAACUCUGUUUUACAACAUGCAAAAAAACUGAAGAAAGGUUUUUACCAGAUGUCAUUUUCAACAAAUUUUUAGCCGCCUGCAUUAAAAAAUGGGAAUUGGUUUACAAAGGAUCAAUGCCAGUGGUUUUUUAUAAAGGCGCAAUUUUCAAUCUUAAGAAGGAUAAUCAUGAUCUCAAUAUUUUUCAUCAUGAUCAUGUUAUCCAGAUAUGGGUCACCCGGUACAGUUCAGAUGGAAAACUCCCAUGUUCCGCUCUGUGCAUUGAACUGAAACAAAAAGUUAUUGAGAUGCUGGAAUCAGUCAUUAGGAAUAAAUGCAAUAUUGAAAUGUUCGUAAAAUGUUGUCAGUCAAAUGUCUUCUCAAAUCAAUGCAUGUUUCCCCUAGUAGAAAACCAAGACUGGGAAAAUCGCUGCGACUGUAGAGGUAAAAGACACUGUGUUACUUACAGAGAUCUAAUGCAGUGCUGGCUGCAAGGUAAAGUAAAUGUCUUCAUUUUAUCAAAUUAGCCUGCAAUAAUCUGUAACUAACUACGUACCCUCGAAGACUUUCGGACGUAUUUGGUACGGCGUUGUCAGUCCGUAUACCAUUAGUUGUCGCAGGAUUUUUUUUGAAGUAAAUCAAUGAUGUGAUAAUAUUUGGCAUGUACCUUUUAUAUAAAAUAUUUAGGUUAGUUCUGUUUUCGCUGCAAUCGAGUCAUUAUUGAUUCUGUUAUGCUCAUUUUAAGCAAGUUUCCUAUGAAUUAUUGGUUUACGCUAGAUAACUUCUGAAAAAUUUAAACUUUUGUGUACAUAUUUGGCAAGUAUGUUAUAUCAAGACACAGUUUAAAUACAUAUUUCACUGUAAUCAAAUCAUUAAUGAUAGAGUUAUGCCCCUUUUUUAGCAAAUUUGUUUUGAAAUUCUUCUUAUCUUGGAUUAUCCAAAUGUUAGAGCUGCCCAUUUCUAUUUUGCAUGAAGUGAAAUGCCUUUGUGCCUUCAUUUUUGAGAUUAUAGGUUUAGAUCAUUCAUAGGAUGUUGUAUAUUAUUCUAGUAACAUAUCGGACAAUUUUCUAUAUAAACAAAUAAGGCCCGAAGCGUGCAUUAUGUUACAACAAUGCACUCGCCGUUCUGAUUAUCUCCCUGUGUAUUUUCACAUUGAGGGCGCCAUUUUGUUUAAAAAAUCUGAUAAAUUAAAACAAUUUUUUGUCGAUUUUUGUUGUGACAACUAUCUAGAAUGAAAGAAAAAAUUAAAUCCGAACAUCAAUAUCUUUAAUUCAGUCGUUAACGCUGUACAGACGUUUAAAGUGUUGUUUACGUGACGUCACAAUGUAGCGCCAAACAACACGUGCAAAACAAUCAAAUCAAGUACGCUAUUUUAAUGUCGCAAACGAGUUAAGUUUUAAAUUUAUUUCAGUUUUAAUAAUUUGUUUUUCGCUUGAAAAAUUAUAGAGUGAAAUAAAAUAAACAAACAAAGUUUUAUCAACGUUUUCAAAAUUCGUUAUUCUCAAAAUGUUU